AUGCGUAAAGGAGUACUACUCAACCUGGACCUUCUCGGGCUCGUCUGCGACUCGACGAACGAUGUCUCGACAGUCCUUUCUCUCUCUCUCGUCUCGCAUGCUGUUCGCGUGCUUGCUGCCAAGCGGCUGCUCAGCAUGAAACCCGUAACGCUGAAAGACGAACGGACGAUCCGCGCCUUCCACCAAUUUAUGUUUGCCGGCGCGGAGUCCCGCCUUCCCUUCCUCCGAGCUAUGAACAUCAGUGUCGACAGCAGACCUAUCGAGGAGCAGAAUUGUCAAGACCUAGUCAAAUACAUACUGGACCUCUUGGAACACGCCACGCGCCUCGAGUGUCUGACGCUGCCCUACCUGAGGUGGACGCUCGACUACCUCGCGGACUCCAGGAUAGUUGAGGCUAUCACCCGGAUAUCCACCUUGCGCGAGCUCCGUCUACCGAAUGAAUGUGUCGCGAUGGCGGAGAUCGUUAAGUCCACGCGCUCCGCGUCGUGCUUGCGCAUUUUGCACAUAUCGCUGUCUACUCUGCCCUCCACUCGCAGAUUCGGCUAUGGCGUCAAGGUCGGUGCUCUUGACGAAUGUCUGCUUCGUCUCGCGCCCACGCUAGAAGUAUUACUUCUCGACCUCUCGACGGGAACACUGGACCUCGACACGAAGGGCGCCCAAUAUCCCUCCCUGCGUUCCCUCACGACGAACGUCGGAAAUGGCCUCAUGCGCAUGGACAUUCUCGUGCAUAAAUUCCCUGCGCUGGACGGAACACUCAACAUCAGAUCGGUAUGCGAGCUGCUAGACGACGAGCCAAGCCAGAAACGGUUCCGCGCGUCGAACCAGGAGCGACAAAAGCAGCGGUCAUGGCGGCAUCUGGAUUGUGUCAUGAGCGACACGCUCGCCCUGUUCGUGCUUGGGCUGACGUGCCCUGUGCGCCGUCUUAUGGUCGACGACUUCCACGGCGACAACAAGAACCUGCUAGUGGAGAUUUUGCGCUCGACGCCCCCAACGCACCUCAAGCUGUCCGUUGUGCUGGACCAUGACGAAGAUAAUGACGAUAUCUUGCGGGACCUGUUCCCUCCAGAGGUUCUCCCCAGGCUGACACACCUGGUGCUUGUGCUCGAUUACACUGUCUCGGUGCAUGACCAUGAUGAUGAGAACGACGAAGAUGACGAAAAAAGCAUACAGUGGAGCGCGAUACUUGCAGAGAUCAUCCGCUCUAUCAGCGCCCUGCAUCUCACCCACCUCCGUCUGGUCGUCCACUACGCCAUCGACCUGAGCGAUGAGUAUGCAGACGUUUUCCCAUAUGCGAAGGAUUUCGUGCGCAACAUCGUCGACAUGGACCACCAGCGCCUUGCAGCCGAGCUCAUGCACUCCGUCCCUUCGCUACAGCACGUCUUCGUGAGCACGGGCGGCGAGUUCGAAGUGCUCGUAGUGCCACCGGGCGAGGAAAUUAUGCACUUGUUUGGUCAUUCGUACCCGGAACCGCGGCGGCGUGGACGCUGGUUCGCGCAUUCCGCGUGGAGGAAUUCGAAUGGGCGCGGCGGGUCUUUGAGCGUAGUGAACCCGGAGAAGCUUGAUGAAAACGUGAUGGAGCGGAUGUUGCUAGACGAGGACCUGACGCUGUCCGACAUCGACAACUACAUCGUAGGGUUCCAGAAAACUUGGAGUGAAGACGAAACCGCGCCAUGGACCCUUCCAGAGUAA